GAGGCGGCAAAGAAAACGCACGCGUCUCCCGUUUCUCUCCCCCUCUCUCUUUCUCUCUCUCUCUCCCUCUCUUUCUCUCUCCCUCCGUUUUCUGGAUGUGAAGCAGCAUGCGGCCCGGUGAGAGCUUAGAGGGCUCGAGCUCGGCUCACGGAAGAUGUAUUGAUGCUAAUAAUAUUACUAAUAGCGGCACGGAACGCUGUCUCGCGCACCUCUCGUCGGCUACGAGGAGGAUGAAGAGGGUGACGACGAAGAGGAGGAUGAGGGGGACGAACGAGAGGAUGAGGGACGGAGGAAUGACGGCGAUGCGCUGUUUUCUGUGGAGUCUCGUUCUCUGCUCGCUCUCAUCGCGCGCCCAAGGUUUUAUCUACACAUGCGGGGGUACACUGAAAGGUCGAAAUGGCAGUAUAGAAUCUCCUGGCUUUCCCUAUGGCUACCCAAAUGGAGCAAACUGCACCUGGGUCAUUGUUGGAGAGGAAGGAAGUAGAAUCCAGCUCAUCUUCCUGUCAUUUGCCAUAGAAGAAGAAUAUGACUUCCUGUCGUUGUACGACGGACAUCCCCACCCUGCUAACUUCAGGACCAGGUUAACAGGUUUCCAGGUUCCACCUCCGGUCACCAGCACAGGAAAUGUCUUCUCGUUGAGACUGACCAGUGACUUUGCGGUUUCUGCACAUGGCUUCAAACUCAACUAUGAAGAACUGCACAGUUCAUCUUGUGGAAACCCUGGUGUCCCACCCAAAGCGGUGCUAAGUGGUGGAGGAAGAUUUGCAGUGGGAGACAGUGUGCGGUACAGCUGUGUCCCUGGUUAUGUCUUAGAUGGUCAUGCGACACUCACAUGCAUCACCAAUGCUGGAAAUGCCGCCGUCUGGGACUUUCCCGCUCCCAUUUGUCGAGCUGAGGACACAUGUGGGGGCACUGUGAGGGGCGGCAGUGGGGUGGUGACCAGUCCCGGUUACCCCGGCAACUAUGGUAACCAAGCCGACUGUACUUGGAUCCUAUUGGCCGAACCUGGAGACACCAUCUCUGUCAUCUUUACAGACUUCCAGACAGAGGAAAAGUAUGACUACCUGGAAGUGGAGGGAUCUGAACCACCAACCAUUUGGUUGUCGGGCACUAACGUCCCUUCUCCUAUCGUCAGCAACAAAAACUGGCUUCGGCUGCAUUUCGUGACUGAUGGCAACCACCGUUACCGUGGCUUCAGCGCACAUUAUCAAGUGAAGCGAUCAGUAGAUUUUAAAUCGCGGGGCGUUAAAUUAUUCCCUGGCAAAGACUCCAGCAACAAGUUUUCAAUAUUAAAUGAAGGCGGUGUGAGACAGGCUUCUAAUUCCUGCCCAGACCCAGGAGAGCCAGAGAAUGGAAAACGCCAUGGCAAUGACUUCAGCAUUGGGAGUGUGGUGCACUUUAGUUGUGGAGAAGACUAUGUUCUACAGGGCAGCAAAAGUAUCAGCUGCCAAAGAGUGGCAGAAGUGUUUGCGGCAUGGAGUGACCACAGACCUGUCUGCAAAGUCAAGACUUGUGGCAGUAAUCUUCAGGGGCCAUCAGGAACCUUUACAUCUCCCAACUUCCCAAUUCAAUAUGAGAACAACGCACAGUGUGUGUGGAUAAUUACUGCCUCAAAUCCCAAUAAGGUCAUCCAGAUCAACUUUGAAGAGUUUGACUUAGAGAUUGCCUAUGAUACUCUAACUAUUGGAGAUGGAGGGGAGGUAGGAGAUCCUACGACUAUUCUACAGGUCCUAUCAGGUAGCUUUGUUCCUGACCUGAUAGUCAGCAUGACCCACCAGAUGUGGCUCCACCUACAGUCAGACGAGAGUGUCGGAUCUAUCGGCUUUAAAAUCAACUAUAAAGAAAUAGACAAAGAGAGUUGUGGAGACCCUGGAACUCCUCUCUAUGGAAUAAGAGAAGGUGACAACUUUUCAAAUGGAGGAAUCCUGAGAUUUGAAUGCCAGUUUGGGUUUGAGCUGAUUGGAGAAAAAACUAUCUCCUGCCAAGACAACAAUCAAUGGUCUGCAAAUAUCCCUAUAUGCAUAUUCCCCUGCAUGUCCAACUUCACUGCUCCCUCAGGAACCGUCCUCUCACCGGAUUACCCAGAAGGCUAUGGGAACAACAUGAACUGUGUUUGGCUCAUCCAAUCAGAUCCGGGCUCCAGAAUACACUUGGCAUUUAAUGACUUUGACCUUGAGGCACCUUAUGAUUCCCUAACAGUGAAAGAUGGCGAGACAAAUGAUGCCACCGUCAUUGGGAGGUUCUCUGGAGCUGAGAGUCCCUCCCAUCUGACGUCUAAUACCAACACACUGAGGCUGGAGUUUCAGGCUGAUCACUCUAUGUCAGGAAGAGGAUUUAAUAUCACAUACAGUACAUUUGGCCAUAAUGAGUGCCCAGACCCUGGCAUUCCCAUCAACGCUCGCCGCUUUGGAGAUAGCUUCCAGCUUGGCAGCUCCAUCUCUGUGGUUUGUGAGGACGGUUUUAUCAAAACCCAAGGAACUGAGACCAUCUCCUGUCAGUUAGAAAGAGGAAAAGUCAUGUGGAGUGGGCCUAUUCCUAAAUGUGAAGCCCCAUGUGGAGGCCACUAUUCGGCUCCAAGUGGAGUGAUAUUAUCUCCUGGGUGGCCUGGUUAUUACAAAGACUCCCUUAACUGUGAGUGGGUGAUUGAAGCAGAACCUGGACGUGCCAUCAAAAUCACAUUUGACAGGUUCCAGACAGAACUGGGUUAUGACUUCUUGGAGAUCCAUGAUGGUCCAAACCUCCUGUCUCCUCUGGUUGGCUCCUUCAAUGGCACCCAAGUCCCCCAGUUCCUUUUCAGCAGCAGCAACUUUCUUUAUCUGCUGUUUACCACUGAUAACAGCCGGUCAAAUGCUGGCUUCAGAAUACUCUAUGAAAGCGUCACAGUGGACAGCUACUCGUGUCUGGACCCUGGCAUCCCUGUCAAUGGGAUUCGGUACGGACAGGAUUUUUCCAUCGGAUCCACGGUGUCGUUUGGUUGUGACUCUGGUUAUAGACUCAGUCAUGAGGAGCCGCUAGUGUGCGAGAAGAACCACUGGUGGAGCCACCCCUUACCUACAUGUGAUGCUCUAUGUGGUGGGGAUGUUAGAGGUCCCUGGGGCACCAUCCUUAGUCCCGGCUAUCCAGACAGCUACCCUUCAUCUCUCAACUGUACCUGGACUGUUGAAGUCAGCCACGGGAAAGGAGUCCAGUUUCAGUUCAGUUCUUUUCACCUGGAGGACCAACAUGACUACCUCUUGGUUACGGAGAAUGGGAGUUUCCUGCAACCUCUGGCUCGUCUGACCGGCAACGAGUUGCCUAGCAACAUCAAUGCUGGUCUCUAUGGCAACUUCAAAGCCCAGUUGCGAUUCAUCUCUGACUUUUCCAUUUCAUAUGAGGGCUUCAACAUAACUUUCUCGGAAUAUACUUUGGAGCCAUGUGAGGACCCCGGCAUGCCUCGUUUUGGCAGGAGAAAUGGCUACAGUUUUGGUGUUGGAGACACUUUGUCUUUUUCCUGUAAUAUGGGAUAUCGCCUGGAGGGUUCACCAGAGUUAAUCUGUCUGGGAGGCGGGCGAAGAAUGUGGAGCUCUCCUUUACCUAGAUGUGUCGCGGAGUGUGGUUCUUCAGUCAUAAAUAAUGAAGGGAUACUGCUCUCUCCAAACUACCCAAUGAACUACGAUAACAACCACGAGUGCAUCUACAGCAUCCAGGUUCAAGCUGGGAAAGGAAUCAACAUCUCUGCAAGAACCUUUCAUCUUGCCCAGGGCGAUAUACUCAAAAUUUAUGACGGUAAAGACAACACAGCCCAUGUUCUCGGAGCAUUUACUGGAUCAUCCAUGUUGGGGUUGACGCUCAUUUCCACUUCAAACCACCUCUGGUUGGAAUUCUACAGCGAUGCGGAAAACACAGGAGAAGGAUUCAAAUUGGUGUACUCAAGUUUUGAGUUGUCUCAUUGUGAAGACCCAGGCGUGCCUCAGUUUGGCUUCAAGGUCAACGACCAAGGUCAUUUUUCUGGGAGCAGCAUCACAUAUAGAUGUGAGCCUGGUUACACUCUACAUGGGGCUUCUACGCUGAAGUGUAUGACGGGUGAAAGGAGAGCCUGGGAUAACCCUCUGCCUUCUUGUAUAGCGGAGUGUGGGGGUCGUUUUAAGGGUGAGUCGUCAGGGAGGAUCCUUUCCCCCGGAUACCCUUUCCCAUACGACAAUAACCUUCGCUGCACCUGGACCAUCGAGGUGGACUCGGGAAAUAUUGUGAGCCUCCAGUUUCUGGCCUUUGACACUGAAGCCAGCCAUGACAUGCUGAAGGUUUGGGAUGGGCCACCUGAGAAUGAAAUGUCUUUGGCAGAGCUCAGUGGGUCUCUGCUCCCUGAAGGAAUCCACUCGACACUGAACACAGUCACGGUUCAGUUUGAGACUGACUUUUACAUCAGCAAGUCUGGAUUUGCCAUACAGUUUUCUAGCUCAGUAGCUACAGCCUGCAGGGACCCAGGAGUACCGAUGAAUGGCAGUCGUAGUGGAGAUGGCCGUGAGCCGGGGGAUUCAGUGUCCUUUCAGUGUGACCCAGGAUACGAGCUCCAGGGGGACGACAAAAUAACCUGUAUACAAGUGGAUAACAGAUACUACUGGCAGCCCAGCCCACCUGUCUGCAUAGCUCCUUGUGGAGGAAAUCUAACAGGCUCCAAUGGAUUUAUACUCUCUCCUAACUACCCGCAUCCUUACCCUCACUCAAAAGAUUGUGACUGGCUCAUUGCUGUCAACCCAGACUACGUCCUGUCACUGGCCUUCAUCAGUUUCAACAUUGAGCCAAACUAUGAUUUCCUGUACAUCUACGACGGUCCGGAUAGCAACAGUCCUCUCAUUGGUAGCUUCCAGGACAGCAAACUCCCAGAGCGGAUAGAGAGCAGUUCAAAUACAAUGCUUUUAGCGUUCCGUAGUGAUGGAUCGGUUUCUUACACUGGAUUUCACCUGGAAUACAAAGCCAAGCUGAGGGAAUCUUGUUUCGACCCAGGUGUGGUUCUGAAUGGGACCAGGCUGGGAUCUGAUUAUAAGCUGGGUUCGACGGUCACCUUCUACUGUGAAGCAGGAUAUGUACUGCAGGGCUAUUCUACUCUGACAUGCAGUAUGGGUGAUGAUGGCAGACCUGGAUGGAACAGGGCAUUACCUAGCUGUCAAGCCCCGUGCGGAAGUCGUUCUACGGGAUCAGAAGGGACUGUUUUAUCUCCAAAUUUCCCGAGAAACUACACCUCCGGACAGACCUGCAUCUACUCUAUAUCCGUACCAAGAGAGUUUGUUCUCUUCGGCCAGUUUGUGUUGUUCCAGACGUCUCUUAAUGACGUGGUGGAGAUCUAUGACGGACCCACUCAACAAAACACGCUCUUGUCUUCUCUCUCUGGGUCACACUCUGGUGAAUCUCUCCCUCUGAGUUCAGGAAACCAGAUUACAAUAAAGUUCACCACAGUUGGACCAGAAACCGCUAAGGGAUUUCAUUUUGUCUACCAAGCUGUACCCCGGACUAGCUCCACCCAGUGCAGUUCAGUCCCCGAGCCACGCUUCGGGAAACGUCUCGGUAAUGACUUUGCAGUCGGCGCCUUGGUGCAAUUUGAGUGCAACCCCGGUUACACAUUGCAUGGCUCUACUGCCAUUCGCUGUGAGAGUGUACCGGACAACCUGGCGCAAUGGAAUGACACUUUGCCAACAUGUAUAGUUCCCUGUGGGGGCGUAUUGACCUCUCGCCGCGGGACUAUCCUGUCACCUGGCUACCCAGAGCCAUAUGACAACAACCAGAAUUGUGUUUGGAAGGUCUCUGUCCCAGAAGGAGCUGGAAUACAGAUACAAGUUGUGAGUUUUGCCACUGAGCAUAACUGGGACUCUUUGGAUUUUUACGACGGUGCUGACAACCAUGCACCAAGACUGGGAAGCUACUCUGGCACUACUAUUCCCCCCCUCCUGAAUAGUACAUCUAACAACCUCUAUCUCAGCUUCAGCUCUGAUAUUAGUGUCUCAGCUGCUGGAUUUCACCUGGAAUAUACAGCUAUUGGUCUGGAGUCAUGUCCAGAACCUCAGACUCCAAACUAUGGAAUUAGACAAGGAGACAGGUUCAUGGUGGGGGAUGUUGUGCAAUUUUCGUGCGAACAGGGAUACUCUCUUCAGGGCAAUGCCCAUAUAACCUGUAUGCCCGGACCUGUUAGGAGAUGGAACUAUCCUGUACCGCUGUGUAUCGCCCAUUGUGGUGGGUCUAUGACAGAUGUAAGUGGAGUGAUUCUAAGUCCUGGUUACCCCGGCAACUACCCCAGUGGAUUAGACUGCACAUGGACGGUGAACUUACCUGUCGGCUUUGGCAUCCAUCUCCAGUUUUUGAACUUCUCCACAGAAGCAAUCCACGAUUACUUGGAGAUCCGUAGUGGAACACUGGAGACGGGCUCUGUCAUUGACCGAUUCAGCGGCCCAGUCAUGCCCAAACCUCUGUUCAGCACCACCCACCAAACCAGCUUUUUUUUCCACAGUGACUAUUCACAGAACAAACCCGGGUUCCACAUCACGUAUCAAGCCUACCAGCUCCAGAGUUGCCCAGACCCUCGACCGUUUCGAAAUGGCAUCGUGAUUGGCACAGAUUUCAGUGUUGGGAUGACGGUGUCGUUUGAGUGUCUGCCCGGAUACUCUCUGAUUGGAGAAGCCUCGCUCACAUGUUUGCACGGAAUUAGCAGGAACUGGAACCACCCGUUACCACGAUGUGAAGCACUCUGUGGUGGUAACAUCACGUCUUUAAACGGAACCAUUUACUCUCCCGGUCAUCCUGAGGAAUACCCAAAUUUCCAGGACUGUGUGUGGAGCGUUCGAGUUCCUCCUGGACAUGGGAUUUAUAUCAACUUUACUGUACUGAGCACAGAGCCCAUAUAUGACUACAUUACUGUCUGGGAUGGUCCAGAUCAGUCUUCUCCUCAGAUUGGACAGUUCAGCGGAAACACAGCUUUGGAGUCUGUCUAUUCAACGUCCAACAUCAUACUCAUCAAAUUCCACUCGGACUUCUCUGGAGCCGGCUUUUUUGUCUUAAGUUAUCAUGCCUACCAAUUAAGGGUUUGCCAGCCUCCUCCAGAAGUUCCCAAUGCUGACAUGCUGAUGGAAGAUGGCGAGCUUGAGAUAGGCGACAUCAUCAGGUACAGAUGCCAUCCUGGAUUUUCACUGGUUGGCAGUGAGAUUCUUACCUGUCGCUUAGGAGAGAGGCUGCAGAUGGAUUCACCACCCCCAACAUGCCAAGUUCAGUGCCCUGCACAUGAUGUGCGAUACGACUCCUCAGGUGUCAUCUUAAGCCCUGGCUGGCCAGAAAGCUACCCUAACCUCCAAAUGUGUUCGUGGAGUGUUACAGUGGAGAAAGGAUACAAUGUCACAAUAACCUUUGAAAGUUUUCACACCGAGAGAGAGUUUGACGUGUUGGAGAUUUUUGAUGGUCCCACAUCCAACAGCCCCACCUUGGCGACACUUAGCGGUGACCUGCCAACACCCUUCAACCUCACAACCUCUGGCCACCAGUUCCUAGUCCGCUGGUCUUCAGACCAUGGCACAAACAAGAAAGGCUUCAAAAUUCGCUAUGUUGGUGAGUACCAAACUCUGUACUGCUCCACCCCAGACUCCCCACUCCACGGCUCCAUCUCCUCACAGAGCGGCGGUCACGUUAACAGCGUGGUGAGGUGGGCUUGCGACCGUGGAUACCGUCUCAUAGGCAACGCCACAGCAACCUGCCGCCGCACAUCACUUGGCUACCAUGCGUGGGAUUCUCCUGUACCUGCGUGCCAAGCUGUCUCAUGCGGGGUACCCAAGGCUCCUAUAAACGGCGGCGUUUUAACAUCUGACUACUCCGUCGGAACAAGAGUUUCCUAUUUUUGUAACGAUGGGUACAGACUCUCCAGUAAAGAACUGACGUCAGCCAUCUGUCAGCCUGAUGGAACAUGGAGCAACCACAACAAGAUGCCGCGAUGUUCUGUUGUAGUAUGUCCCAGCAUCGGGUCGUUCUCUCUAGAGCAUGGCCGCUGGAGGAUUGUCAAUGGGUCACACUACGAAUACAAGACACGUAUUGUGUUCACCUGUGAUCCGGGAUACUACAGGCUAGGCCCCGCCCACAUCGAGUGCUUAUCCAACGGAGUUUGGAGCUGGAGGAAUGAAAGGCCGCACUGUCAGGUUAUCUCCUGCGGUGAGCUGCCAUCCCCGCCCAAUGGAAAGAAGAUUGGUACUCAGACAACAUUCGGUGCUACAGCCAUUUUUACCUGCGAUGCUGGCUUCAUGCUGGUGGGGUCAGCUGUCAGAGAGUGCCUGUCAUCUGGGCUUUGGAGUGGAACAGAAACACGAUGUUUAGCUGGUCACUGUGGAAUCCCAGAAGGCAUUGUGAACGGCCAGGUUAUCGGGGAAAACUUUGGUUACCGUGAUACGGUCGUUUAUCAGUGUCUCCCUGGGUUCCGACUAAUAGGCUCAUCAGUCCGUAUCUGUCUCCAAGACAACCAGUGGUCUGGACAGCUACCCAUCUGCAUACCGAUCAGCUGCGGCCAUCCAGGAAGCCCCAUAUAUGGCCGCACGUUGGGAAACGGCUUCAAUCUCAACGAUGUGGUCAGCUUUGUUUGUAAUCGGGGUUAUGAAAUGGAGGGGCCUGCACGUGCUCAGUGCCAGGCUAACCGCCAAUGGAGCCACCCACCCCCAACGUGUAAAGGUGGGGAGAAAAUGGUCAACUGCUCUGAUCCAGGUAUCCCAGCCAACUCAAUCCGGCAGAGCAAAAUAGAGCAUGGCAACUUUACCUUUGGCACAGUGGUUUUCUAUGACUGCAAUCCGGGGUAUUACCUGUUUGGAUCACCUGUAUUGACCUGUCAACCUACUGGACAAUGGGACAAACCACUACCUGAAUGCAUAGUCGUAGACUGUGGUCAUCCCGGCUCUCCCCCAAACGGUGUGCUGAGCGGAGAUAAGUUUACAUUUGGUUCAACGGUUCGGUAUUCUUGUCUGGGCGGAAGACAGCUGAAAGGAGAAUCAUCCCGGACUUGUCAGCUCAAUGGGAUGUGGAGUGCCCCCAUGCCAUUCUGCUCUGGUGACACUACUGGUUCGUGUGGUGACCCUGGCAUUCCCUCUCAUGGUUCAAGAGAACAAACAGAUUUCAGGAUCCGUUCUAAGGUCUACUUUUCCUGCUCAGAGGGAUAUGAACUUAUAGGUUCUUCAGAGAGGAUGUGUUUCCCGAACGGGACCUGGUCGGGCACGCAACCCUUUUGUAAACCUGUUCAGUGUGGUAACCCUGGCACUCCCAGUAAUGGCAAAGUAUUUCGCUUGGAUGGAACAACAUUUUCUCACUCUGUCAUCUACUCGUGCAUGGAUGGCUAUCUGCUCACUGGUCCCACCACCAGGCAGUGUCAAGCCAAUGGUACCUGGUCAGGCACACAGCCCAACUGUACCAUGAUAAACUGUGGCGAUCCUGGCGUGCCAGCUAAUGGCCUUCGUUAUGGAGAAGACUUCACUAUUGGUCAGAAUGUUUCAUUCCAGUGCCAACCGGGAUAUAGAAUGGAGGAGGAUGGGUCGCCUGUGAGGAUGUGCACCCAAAAUGGGACUUGGAAUGGAAAUAUGCCAAUAUGUACAGCUGUGACCUGCUCGGCUCCACCUGCCAUCAGUAAUGGGGUACUGCAGGGCAAUGACUUUGAAUGGGGCAGCAGCGUGAGCUAUAGUUGUUCACCUGGAUAUGAGCUCUCAUUUCCAGCUGUUCUGACCUGUGUCGCCAAUGGCACCUGGAGCGGCAUGCUCCCGCAGUGCUUACCCAAAUUUUGUGGUGACCCGGGGACUCCAGUAGGUGGUUUCAGAGAGGGACGAAGUUUCAUCUAUCAAUCAGAAGUGUCCUUCAGCUGUGCUCUGCCUCUCAUACUGGUCGGCACAGCAACUAGACUUUGUGAAAGCGAUGGCACCUGGAGUGGAACGCAGCCGCGCUGUAUCGAACCAACCAAAACCAGCUGUGAUAACCCGGGAACACCACGCUACGGCUCCUUGAAUCGGACCUAUGGUUUCAAGGUUGGGAGUGUGGUGUCAUUUCAGUGCCAGCCUGGUCAUUUGAUUCAGGGAUCUUCCUCCAGAACCUGUCAGCCUGAUCUAACAUGGAGUGGGACGCAACCCGAGUGCAUACCCCACGCCUGCAAGCAGCCGGAGAGUCCACUCCAUGUGGACGUGGUAGGGAUGGAUCUUCCUGGGUUUGGCUACACCUUGGUGUACAGCUGUCAGCAUGGCUACUUCCUGGCAGGGGGUUCUGAACACAGGGUCUGCAAGAGUGACAGCACUUGGACUGGAAAGAUGCCGAUAUGUCGGGCCGGAGAGAAGAAGAAACCUGUGAAGCCAGUAACAGGAACCCCCAGCCCCAAACUAAACGUUCCAGAUGAUGUCUUUGCUCCCAACUACAUAUGGAAGGGUUCCUAUAAUUACCGUGGGAGGAAGCAGCCUAUAACACUGAGCAUCACCAGCUUUAACUCCACAACGGGGAGAGUCAAUGUUACCCUUAGCAACGGCAACAUGGAACUGCUCCUGUCAGGAGUGUACAAGGCGUCCGAGGCCAGGCUGUUGCUGCUGAUGUAUCAGGUGAAUUAUGUGAACCAGGGAAACCAACUAAAAGAUUCAGCCAUCUCUCCCGCCAAGAUUAUAGAUGAUUCCUGGACCAUGGAUGGAUUUGUAUCAGCAGAGCCCGAUGGCUCUAGUUACGUAUUCCAGGGUUCUAUUCAGGGAAAAGACUAUGGACAGUUUGGACUGCAAAGAUUGGGUCUGAAUAUGUCGGAGAGUCAAAACUCGCCACCCCCCCAGCUUGGUACCAACAGCAGCUCCGUGGCUAUCGCCAUCCUGGUGCCUUUCUUUGCUCUGAUCUUUACCGGUUUUGGCUUUUAUCUCUACAAACAAAGAACCACACCAAAAACACAAUACACAGGAUGCUCAGUCCAUGAAAACAACAACGGCCAGGCCGCCUUUGAGAACCCCAUGUACAACACCAACGCCAAGGCUGUGGAGGGGAAGGCUGUUAGAUUUGAUCCAAAUCUAAACACCGUAUGCACCAUGGUUUGAGGAUCGACUGACCUUACUUGAAUUUAAUGACUCAGAUAUCCAAUGGGACCACGGCUGGUAAGAGACGACGAAAGACAAAAGCUCCGUGCUUCGAUGCAAACUUCACCAUGAACGACAUGGUCUGCACACUGAUUACAAAAGACCUUCAUUCCCAGUCCAGAAACCUAAUCUAACCCAGCUCUCCAGCUGAAACCAAAACCCAGCAUUGGUUUCCGUCACUGAAAGCAUUUUGUAUCCGCAAAUGAAAUUUGAACAAGUAUGAACACAAAAGGUCUGCUGCCUUUGAUAGAAGCAAGCAGCCAGUGUGAACUCAAUGGGAGAUGUAACAUCAAGAGAUGGAAAGGGAUACUACUGAAUGGAAAACCAUACUGGCUAUUAUCUGUCUCUAACCCCAAGACUCAGCGGGUCAUGGAUUCUUUAUAAUUGGAUUCCAAACCAGAUACAUCCAUUAUACUCUAACCUCUUAUUUAACCUCUCUCACUAUCUAUAAUAUGAGUACUAAUGAUUAAGCCAUGACCUGCUAGUUGGACAUCAUGACAUGUUAUCACAACCCAAUGCCAAAUUUUGUAUGUCACACAAAGUUGUGAAGAGGAGGACCCAGAGUGGGAUCUAUGAUCACUCGUGCCUGGAGAAAGAGAGCGCACAUCGUCAGAGCCCAGCUGUAGUUGGAAAUCAAAGAGAUAAUCCACUAAAAAAUAUUUUUCAUAUGUAACAUGUUGUCAAACUGACUGUAUUAAACAGGUCCUUAAAUAUGGGGAAAAAAAGAACAAACGUAAUCACAAUGACCACAGAUGGGGGAGAUGUGACAUGAAGAUGAUGUCAUAAAAGACACUGUGAUGUUAAGAAAACUGUUUCUAUCUAUUUGGUUUCAACACUGACAGUACAAAGAAAACACUGUCACCAGCAGACCAUCAGUAAACCGGACUAAUGCUUUGUGAAGAGGAAACUAUGUCUGAAACAACCACGGAAUACAACACCCUAACAGCCAGACAGGACAACCUCCUGUCUCCAUUACAACCAGAGGCUGGUAUUACCAGCCGGUAUUUGUCUUUUUUUCUAUUGAAAUGGGAUCUAAGAUGGCUAAUGUUAGCAGACAGUUGCGAAAGUUGCUUUGAAAAGAGACUAACUCCUAAGCGAAGGAUAAGGGCAUCCUUGGAGAUGGAGCUAUAAUCCUAACUGAACUGGGAUUAGAGCACAGCAAAACUAAAAGGAGUCUAAAGGGGAGCUAGCACUUAGAGAACGGAUGAGAGACUGUCUCAUCUAAAGGAUAAACUGCCUCUUCCCAUCCAAUGGAUAAGAGAGAUGGAGACAGGCCCUAACUGAACUGGAAGUAGACUAAGGGAGUCAUUAAGAGAAAAAAGAAGAUUUUGAAAUUGUAACCCAGCCAAUCAGAGCCUGUCUAACCUGAAAUCAUUUACUGGGAGAGGUCAGCCCUCCCUCUACAUAAUGAAUCAGAUCAGACAGAAUAUGAGGUAAGAUGUUCCUGAUCCUGCGAAUUUAAAUGGAUUUUGACCAGAAAGACACUAAAUGGAUACAGAGGACUCUGAUGGACUAACAAAGAGAAAGACUUUGACAAACAGAGAAAGCUCUGGCACUAAAGCACAUUUCAUGGGAACACUACCUGUCUGCCCGCUGAGAGAUGGACUAGCAUAGGGACGGAAAGGUUAGAGAGAGAGAACUGACAGGGUGAAUGACAGACACAAACGAUGACAGGUACACAUACAAAAUCUGGAGAGUCAGGUAGAGACAAGUGGUAUUAACAGUCAUACAAUGAGACAGACAGGUUCAAAGAAGAUGAGCCUGGUCUCGGACUGUUGCAGGCUCCGUCAUCCAUGUCUCCACUUCACAGACAGUUUAAACACAGAUUUACAGGCUUACAGAAGGACAGACAGGAGGCAGAGACAGACAUGAACUGAUAGACAGGCUAAAAGAAAGACAACAAGGUUGUAACCCUACAAUUGUGGACACUGUUCCACUGUAAUUCUGCACUCUGAGAGUGCUUAUCUUCUUUCUUUCUUACUGCUGCAGAAUCUUCUGAUCUGUAAAUCUAUUGCAUAUAUAUAUUCGGGAGCAUUCACCACCUAUAUUUUUGUGCUAUAUAUUUACCACAGGGGAGGGGCUAAAGGGUAAAGACAGAUUAUAGCAGAGUUUUUAGAAAAAAAAAGAAAGAAACAUCGGAAUAAAAGACAUUAUAAUUAUGUGCUAUUCACAGAAGUCACAAACAGUAUUUUGGUUUCUUUGUAACAUUAAGCUGGUUUAUUUUAAUUCGUUCUGUAUGUAAGACCCUCACACAUGCACCGUCUUUCCCACUGGGGCAAUCAUGAGCAUCAGUGGUAUUGUUGUUGUCGUUACUGUUGAGAUGCAAGGUUUGCCAGCAACAAUUAUGCUUUUUAAAUGGUUUUAGUCUACAUUUAUCACAGGUGGCAGAUUUCCAAAACCUGGUAGAGUUUGUACUUGUUUGCCAUUUUUCCGACUCCUGCACUGGAGAUGUUGGACAAUAAAAAUAUGUAAUUAUCUCCACUGACACACCGACAACAUUUUAAGGGUGAAGCUAAAGACAGAGUAACAGCUGGGGUUUCUAAACUAGCUGGCACAGCGAGGACACAGAAUAUUGUGAAUUAAAACUCUUGCACUUUUAAAAAUAGCUGUUUAUUUAGUUAUGUUUUAAAUCUAUAAUAGAUUAGUAGUAUACUUCAACAAACCUUUUUGUCAUCAUGGCAACACAGGAAGUCGAGCUUUUAAUGGAGCCCAUGUGUUUGAUAGACAAACUCUCAUCCAGCUCCGUCUCUGGAUGUUUUUAUCGUCUCUUACAGAACAAGGCCACAACGUACAAUUGGGCUGAAGUGCUAUUAACAAUGAAAACUGAUAAAAUUGCCCAAAAUUGAGUUUUUAAAUAGAUAUAUUGAUCAAAUUUGAGUUACAUAACAUGUCAUAUUGUGUUUCUAUUAUAUAUUUUAUAUAAGGAAACGGGACAAACAUAAAAGAGAUUAACAAAUACUUGCAAUACUUAGGAUCUGUUUUUCAAUACAUUUCAGAAUUAUGACAAUUUUUAAAUAAAUUUUAUUUAGUUGCAAAACAUACACAGUUUAAUCUGCAGGAACCAGGACGUUAUAUCUCACUUGUGGCAGCUAAAUGUGUCUGUUGCCACAUAAAGUGUGUAUAAAUUAAAGACUACUUAAAAUACAUAUUAUUAGUAGAUGUUGUUUGAUAGUUGGUGCACCAACAAAUAGAUGAUGCUUUUUGUUAAGCCCAAAACAUGGUUUAAGGACAAUAUAUAAGGAAAAUAUGAUUAGGAAUAGACAACUUGAUGGCCUUCUUGUGAAGUGAUGCAGCAAAGCUACUAUUAAAAAAUAUAUUCAGUUCACAGCGCACAUGGCAUCUGAACCCUAUGUAUGGAUUUCUUUCGUGUCUCAGUAUCUUACUCAGGACGACUUCAAUGUGAAUCAGAAUCACACCACAGACAGACCUGAUCAUCUUUAGGUGUGUGAUCUUACAAUCUAUUUUGCCCUUUUUCUAACAUCCACAUCAUGUUAAAUUGGUAGACCCUAUUUGACUCUUUAGAUUUAAAGGUUUGCAUUAUCUUUGGCACUACAAGUCUCCAACAUGAGUGUUGCUCAACAACAGACAGAUUUUAAUGACACGCAUGUCUGUGUUCAGUGAAUUUCAAAUCUUAUAAUCUAUUUAUAAUCAUGAACUGACCCAUUUAUCAUAAUGCUUGACUAUUUGAAGCCAACGCUUGUUUUUUUUUUCUUAUUUCAUGCAUAUUGCAUAAAAGCAGCCAUAUGAUCUCAAUUUUAUUUAUUUAUUUAUUUUUGUUGUGAUUGUUGUUGUUCCAGUGUGAUCUGCCACCUUUUGAUAAACACUCUGCAACCUUUUCUAUAUUUUGCCCCUAUCUGCCACUGUUGUUGCACUUGAUAUCAGCCUUUCUAAUGAUUUCAUGUACCAUAAAUGAACCACUGCUGAGAAAUGAGUAGAUGUUUGAGUUUUUGUGUGAAACCUUUCAGAGUAAAUUAACUAUCAUGAGGGAAGGGCCUGGUAGUAAUCCAUAUUAAUUGGUCUUAACAGGAGGCAGAAAUAGAAGUAUCAAUCAGCAUUAGUCAUUGUUUUGCAGCUUUGUUGCUCAUUGAAUAAAAAAGUGUUUGUUUUUGUUGUUUUCUUUUUGAAGAAUCUGGUUUUACGAACGAGAGGCUGAAUUUUGUUAGUUUUGGGGUCCCGCACAUGAUGGAUAACUAGACUUUUUAAUGAGUCUGGGUGCCAGGGUGAACAAAAACAUCCACUUUGUUUUAAGAACCCCCGCUGCUGUGACCACAGGCACCAACCACAUCCAGCUGACAAGAAAACUCCUUUUAAAGUCGUUACUGAUUUAAAGGCAAAGGUAGCUGCGGCUUCCUUGUUUAUCCAUGCUGUGACUGUGCCGCACUUCAUCGCUAUCAUGACAUCGUUUCUUAUUACAGGUCGGAUUGAUUGUUACCGCUCUUGUUGUUGUUGUUGUUGCUUUUGUUGCCGUUUCUUCAGUAUGAAUCUGACACAGUGCCUACCAAAAACCACGAGACCCUCCCUUUCGCUCUGUCUCAUACGCACGCACACACACACACACACACACACACACACACACACACACACACACCUGCUCCAGCGCCCUCUGCUCCCCUCACUCGUCAUCAGAGGUCAUUUUUUUCUAAGCUUCAGUCUAUUUUGCCACAAGCUUUUCCUACUGACUGACUGCAAUAAGACCCUUGUGAUUUGAAAGACUUAAAGCCGUUCCUGCCUGGGGGACAUUGGAAAUAUUCACCAUUUGAGAAAAAAAAAAAGAUGAAAUAUAGAAUAAAAAAGUGUUUUGUACAGAAAUAUAUUUUUAUGAUGAAAUAAUUUGUAAAAUGUAUGACUCUAUUAUGUAAAUUUUCAAUGCAAUGUAAAAUUAAA